CGUCACUUCCGUAAACGUUUCCUUUGGCCACGGUAGAAGGAACAAAAUUAUUUACGCAGAGUCCGAAGGCAGCAGGAGUAAAUCAUUACUUUGAAAUGUGAUUCCGAUAUUCCUAACUAAGAGUUUCCCACUGGCUUUUUGUCCUUGAAGUGUCAGUAAGCACAGCACUGUGCUCAGCGGCGCUUGAACUGGGAUGYUCUGUCGCUAGCUUGGCUGUGUUAGCUUUGCGAAGAGCGCUGUUCACGACGGGACCAAACACACUAUACUGUGCGUUAUGACAGACAGCAUCAUGAGUAAAGCUGCCACAAUGGAGAUUCCAAUCAACAGUAAUGGCGACACUGGGGCACUGCAGGAAGACGACAGCCUUGAACAGGCUGCAAAGCUGCAGUGGAGCUUAGAUGAGCAGGUAGGGAGCUCCAGAGGCACCAGGGACCUUCAGCAGGUGAUGGUAUCGGGUCCCAAUCUCAACGAGACCAGCAUUGUCUCUGGAGGCUAUGGAGGAACAGCAGAGGGAAUUAUUUCCACCAGCUCAAUCAAAGGCCCUGCUGUGCAGUACAAUCCUGACUUUAACAAAAGGAUCCCUGUAACAGGAUUAGGUCCCAACAUGCACCACAGCAGCAGCAGCUCAUCAAUGAUGGCAGAAGAAGCGACCCGCGGCGUGGCUGUGGAGAAAAUAGAGGCAAUGAGAAAAUGGAGUUUAAACACUUAUAAGUGCACAAAGCAGAUGAUUUCUGAGCGUUUCGGGCGGGGCUCGCGGACUGUGGAUCUUGAGCUGGAGGCUCAGAUUGAGUUGUUGAGAGACACAAAAAGGAAAUACGAGAAUGUGCUGCGGUUGGCCAGAGCAUUGACCAAUCACUUCUACAACAUGGUGCAGACACAGCAUGCGCUAGGUGACACCUUUGCUGACCUCAGUCAGAAAUCACCAGAGUUACGGGAUGAAUUUGGCUACAAUGCAGAGACCCAGAAGCUGCUGUGUAAGAAUGGAGAGACUUUACUUGGUGCCAUUAACUUCUUUGUGUCGAGCAUCAACACACUAGUCAAUAAGACCAUGGAGGACACCUUGAUGACAAUCAAGAUGUAUGAAAAUGCAAGACUGGAGUUUGAUGCCUACCGGUCAGACCUGGAGGAACUGAGCCAGGGUCCAAGAGAUGCUGUAGCUAUGGCGCGAAUAGAGGCUGCUCAGCAGCAAUAUCAAGUUCAUAAAGACAAGUAUGAACGUCUUCGCUCAGAUGUUAUCAUUAAACUGAAGUUUCUGGAGGAGAAUAAGGUGAAGGUAAUGCAUAAGCAGCUCCUCCUCUUCCAUAAUGCCAUCUCGGCGUACUUUGCCGGCAAUCAGCAGCAACUGGAGGAAACUCUGAAGCAGUUUAACAUAAAGUUGAAGCCCCUGGGAGUCGACAAGCCUUCCUGGUUAGAAGAGCAAUGAGAGAUCCUUCAGGAUCCUGCAGCCUUCUUCACCUGUUACCUGUUGACACCCACAACUUACAGAAGACCACAACAGAGGGAAAUACUCAGUGACAACUGGGUUGAUGUGGAUAUUAGGAAUUUUUUUGUCUCAUUGACUGGAUUGCAGGGUUCGAUUUGGGUCAUGUGUGACAUGCAACAGAACAUUGAGCGGCCAGUUUUAUGAACAUUUAGGAGGCRUUUUUUGUGCCUCUCUCCUUCCCAGCUUCCUUUUUUAAAACCCUGUGCUACAGUUUUGCUCUCAUCCACUAAUCAUUUUCCUUCUUAUGCUAUUUUGCUGUGUGAGCUUGUCAUUAUACUCCUCAAAUUCAGAGUUGAUCUUGUGACUCCAAUGGGGGGCUUAAACAUUUAAAACACACAUGUAAGUAAUCACUAAUUCAUCACUCUCCCACUGUGCCUCUUUAUUUAUGAGCUGGUAUUCAAAAGUGAAAUGCAGGAUAAAAGUUACACAAAAAGAAGUUUUCAACCAUACACUAAGGGGAUUUGUAUAUUAAUUUAAAUGAAAUAUUCAUAAAUUUAUGUAAUUAUACUAUUUUUCGUAGUUCAAAAAAAAAACCCCACAUUUUUUAUUUUUGAGUAAAUUAAAGUCUCUGUUUUUUUAUUUUACUUCAAGCCUUGUACUGUAUGUUGUGUGCUGUACUGUAUGUUAAAGUGAGGGAUCAUUUGCUUUGGAUGUGCGUGAUGGGAUUUUAGGAAAAACACUACAGUUCUCCACAGACUCUUAUUGCCAUUAUUCAUAUAUGCAACAAUCAUUUAAGAAACACUGCCACAGAUUUCCAAAGUACUAGUCUGAUUUAGUACUAACUCUAUUUUAUUUACCCAAAGAGAACUGCUUGUGUUAAUUGGAUGUUGAUGUUUAUGUUGUUUACAUGGUUUGUUGAAGCCUCAUUGGAGGGUUGUUAAAGUAAAACGUAUUUUAAGAUAAGUUUCAGUCAGAAUCCAGCAAACUUGACUUGAUUCACUUCAUUAGAAACUGGAACUGCAUCAAAUAGAAAAACAAGGUUUUUCUUUUGUGAUUUUCUUUUAAUGUCAAACCUAUGUCUGACAUAGAUGAUCACAGCUUUCAGUUUCUCAGGAGUUUUUUUAACAGAAGAUUACUGUACUUGUUACAAAUUUUAAUAKUUUCACAUUGAAUCUUGUAGUUGAUUAAUCUGGGCGUGUCAGUACUCAGUAUCUUAGUAAAUAAUCAGAGGUGAUUGAUGGUUAAAAUUGUGUUACAWUGAAAUAGAGGCAUUAGUGCAGAGGUAGUAUGUUUUAUUUGUCACUUUGCUUAAGUUGAUCACAUUGUGUUCAUUUGUUAAAAUCAACAAAUUUCCUUACUAACAGAUAUUCAUUUGUGAUUUUUUAAGAAGAAAAUACACAUCAGAAUGACCAAAUCUGACUGACCUACUCUAAAAUAUAAUUGACUGAGUUAUUUUAGUAACUAAUGUCAAAAAAAAAAUCAGCAUACUGAGUGGUUAUGCUGUGCUCACGAGGGCCAAUAAUAAGUUUGAUCAGUUAACAGUUCAGUCUGCUUCUUGUCUCUGUAUUUGCAUGGCAGGUGGCAAACCAAAUGUUCCGAUCUGUGUGCUCACACUAAAGCUCAACCCUUUAAAAGCUUGCAUGAACUGGUGUAUUGUCACGUUUACAGCUGUUAACUUCAAGGCUAUAACUGGCUGAACCACAAUCCAACAUUUGAGUUUAAUUUUUUAUGAGACUUUUAAAGACAACAAUAAAUACAAAAAAUAUGUAAUUUGGCUAAAAAAAAAGUACAAUUUACAGGCCAGCACCUGGUCUGCUUGACUAUCAUAAGGCAAUAUCAACAAAAUGUGAUUCCUUUUUUUCCUGACUUGUCCUUUUAUAAAAUUCAUUAUCCAAUAAUGAAAUGAAUUGCAAUACAUUGUCAUUUCACUUUGUUCCAAAUGUGUAAAAACUCUUAAUGCAUAAAAAAAUACUUGACAAACAUUUGAAGCUACUCUUACUGAAGUCUGUUGUCAAGAGGAAGAGUGAAGUUUCUAAAAUGAUAUAUUUUAUGGGUACAAUCAAAUGUUUUCUAAAAUGAGCUGAUGUGUUCUUUAUGAGUCUAUAUAAAGGAUUUAUGAUCAUUUAGGGAAAAAAAAUGUCAUGAAUACUUCUGCUUUCAUUCCUUAUUCACACGAAACGUUCCAUCAAAAUUAAAAGUCUACAUUUUGAAAUAA